UUGAACUCACAGGCCAAAUGUCUUGACUCAAGCGAAAGGUGAUUCCUCACCCUUUGCCACCUUCACGCCUUCCGUUUUUUCUUACGCGCGCAACGAAACACAGACUCUCUCUCUCUCUAGAGCGCUCUCUCUCUAGGGUUUGUGAGGAGCUAGAGAAGAUGGGAAGGCAACGAGCGCAGUUGAGAGCCAUGCUUCGCAAGAAUUGGCUUCUGAAAAUUCGUCACCCGUUUGUUACUUGUGCCGAGAUUUUGCUUCCUACUGUUGUAAUGCUGAUGUUAAUAGCUGUGAGGACACAAGUUGAUACAAAAGUCCACUCGGCACAACCAUACGUUCGGAAAGGGAUGUUUGUGGAAGUGGGCAAAGGUGAUGUAUCCCCUAGUUUUGGACAAGUAUUGGAGUUAUUGUUGGCCAAGGGUGAGUAUUUGGCUUUUGCACCGGAUACAAAGGAGACAAGGAUGAUGAUUAACUUAAUGUCGAUAAAAUUUCCUCUACUAAAGUUAGUCACUAGAGUUUACAAAGAUGAACUAGAGCUGGACACCUACAUAAGGUCUGAUCUUUAUGGUACCUGCAAUCAAGUCAAGAAUUGUUCAAAUCCCAAGAUCAAAGGAGCAGUAGUAUUUCAUGAUCAAGGUCCACUAGUGUUUGAUUACAGUAUACGCCUCAACCACUCUUGGGCUUUCUCAGGAUUUCCUGAUGUUAAAACUAUCAUGGAUACAAAUGGUCCUUAUCUCAAUGACUUGGAACUGGGUGUGGAUGCUGUCCCUACUCUGCAAUACAGCUUCAGUGGAUUUUUGACUCUGCAGCAGGUCUUGGAUUCUUUCAUAAUAUUUGCGGCCCAGCAAAAUGAAGCUAACAUGGUCAAUGAAAACAUUGAACUGCCUUCAAAUACUUCCCUGAUCAAGCAGUCAUGGAUGCAAUUCAUCCCUUCAAACAUCAAAAUAGUCCCCUUUCCGACUCGUGAAUACACUGAUGAUGAGUUCCAGUCCAUUAUCAAGAGUGUCAUGGGACUACUGUAUCUAUUGGGAUUUCUCUAUCCAAUCUCACGACUGAUCAGCUAUUCUGUGUUCGAGAAGGAGCAGAAGAUAAAAGAAAGUCUGUACAUGAUGGGUCUGAAAGAUGAGAUAUUCCAUCUCUCUUGGUUUAUCACGUAUGCCUUACAAUUUGCCGUUACGUCUGGGAUUAUUACGGCUUGCACAAUGGAUACACUUUUCCAGUAUAGUGAUAAAUCAUUGGUGUUCAUCUACUUCUUUUUAUUUGGACUUAGUGCCAUCAUGCUGUCAUUUUUGAUCUCUACAUUCUUCACACGAGCAAAGACAGCUGUGGCAGUUGGCACCCUUUCUUUUCUUGGAGCCUUCUUUCCUUAUUACACUGUCAAUGACCAGGCUGUCCCUAUGAUAUUAAAGUUCAUUGCAUCUUUGCUUUCACCUACGGCCUUUGCACUUGGGUCAAUUAACUUUGCUGACUAUGAGCGUGCCUAUGUUGGGCUUCGUUGGAGCAAUGUAUGGCGGGCAUCAUCUGGAGUAAAUUUUUUGGCCUGUCUCCUGAUGAUGUUGCUCGACGCAUUGUUGUACUGUGCCAUUGGUCUUUACCUGGAUAAGGUUCUUCCUAGGGAGAAUGGAGUCCGUUCGCCAUGGAACUUUCCAUUCCUGAAGUGUUCAUGGAGAAAGAGAAGUUCCAUCAAACAUGAAGAUUGCAGUUUCGACUUUAAAAAUGACAGGAGAAAAGUUAAUUUUUGUAGUAAUGAUAUUUCUGGACCUGCUGUGGAAGCAAUAAGCUUGGAUAUGAAGCAACAAGAACUUGAUGGCAGAUGCAUCCAGAUUAGAAAUCUCCAUAAGGUUUAUGCUACUAAAAAGGGAAAUUGUUGUGCUGUUAACUCAUUACGACUCACCUUAUAUGAAAAUCAGAUUCUUGCUCUUCUGGGACACAAUGGGGCUGGUAAAAGCACUACAAUCUCCAUGCUUGUUGGCCUUCUGCCUCCUACUUCUGGGGAUGCUUUGGUGUUUGGGAAGAAUAUCAUAACAGAAAUGGAUGAAAUACGGAAGCAAUUGGGCGUGUGCCCUCAAAAUGAUAUUCUCUUUCCAGAGUUAACUGUAAAGGAGCAUUUGGAAAUAUUUGCCAUUUUGAAAGGUGUAACGGAGAACUUUUUGGAGAGCGCUGUAACUGAGAUGGUAGAUGAAGUGGGUUUGGCAGAUAAAGUUAAUACUGUUGUGGGGGCUCUUUCUGGGGGCAUGAAAAGAAAAUUGUCCCUUGGGAUCGCGCUGAUAGGAAAUAGCAAGGUUAUAGUGCUUGAUGAACCUACUAGUGGAAUGGACCCAUAUUCAAUGCGCUUGACGUGGCAGUUAAUCAAAAGAAUUAAAAAGGGCAGGAUAAUAUUACUGACCACACACUCCAUGGAUGAAGCUGAUGUACUAGGUGACCGGAUAGCAAUCAUGGCUAAUGGGUCUUUGAAAUGCUGUGGAAGUUCCCUUUUCUUGAAGCACCAAUAUGGGGUUGGUUAUACUCUUACUUUAGUAAAGUCUGCACCCAGUGCUUCCAUAGCUGCUGAUAUUGUUUAUCGCCAUGUACCAUCAGCAACAUGUGUGAGUGAGGUUGGAACAGAGAUCUCCUUCAAGCUUCCUCUAUCAUCUUCAUCUUCCUUUGAAAGUAUGUUCAGGGAAAUUGAAAGCUGUAUGAAUUCUGUUCAUAACUCAGAUAGAAGUGGUAAUGAGGACAAAUACAAUCUUGGCAUCGAGAGCUAUGGUAUCUCUGUCACGACGCUGGAGGAGGUGUUCCUGAGAGUUGCAGGAUGUGACUUUGAUGAAACUGAGUGCAGCAAGCAGGAAAAACUUCAUGUUUUACCUGAUUCCGUGGUUUCUCAAGCAUCUCCUAAUCAUGCUCCAAAACAAAUUUUCCAUUCUAAACCUUUGGGAAAAUAUAAAAUUAUUGGGGUUGUGUCUACCAUAGUGGAGAGGGCUUGUAGUUUAAUCUUUGCUGCAGUAUUAAGUUUCAUAAAUUUCUUCAGUGUGCAGUGCUGCAGCUGUUGUUUCAUUUCAAAGUCAAUAUUUUGGGAACAUUUCAAAGCAUUGCUCAUAAAGAGGGCAAUAAUUGCCCGUAGAGACCGAAAAACAAUUGUUUUCCAGCUUCUCAUUCCUGCUGUAUUCUUGUUGUUUGGUCUUCUUUUGCUCAAGCUUAAGCCACACCCUGACCAGCAGUCCGUGACCUUCACAACUUCACAUUUUAAUCCUCUGCUACGAGGCGGUGGUGGUGGGGGUCCAAUUCCAUUUGAUCUAUCCUGGCCUAUUGCAAAAGAGGUUGCACGGUAUGUUGAAGGGGGGUGGAUUCAAAGGUUUAAACCAACUACUUAUAGAUUUCCUGACCCAGAUAAGGCAUUAGCUGAUGCCAUUGAAGCUGCAGGACCAACUUUGGGGCCUACCCUACUUUCAAUGAGUGAAUUUUUGAUGUCUAGCUUUAAUGAAUCCUACCAGUCAAGGUAUGGGGCAGUUGUGAUGGAUGAUCAGAAUAAAGAUGGGAGUCUAGGAUACACUGUGCUUCACAAUGGUUCUUGUCAGCAUGCUGCACCAACCUUCAUUAAUUUAAUGAAUGCUGCAAUUCUUAGGUUUGCUACUCUCAACAAAAAUAUGACGAUUCAAACACGCAAUCACCCUCUGCCUAUGACAAAAAGCCAGCACUUGCAGCGCCAUGAUCUGGAUGCCUUCUCUGCUGCUGUUAUUGUUAAUAUUGCCCUCUCUUUUGUUCCUGCCUCAUUUGCUGUUUCUAUUGUAAAGGAACGUGAAGUAAAAGCUAAGCACCAACAGCUAAUCAGUGGAGUAUCUGUACUUUCGUAUUGGGCUUCUACAUAUUUAUGGGACUUCGUCAGCUUCUUAUUGCCUUCAUCUUUUGCAAUAACACUAUUUUACAUUUUUGGUAUGGAUCAGUUUAUUGGAAAGGGUCGUUUCUUUCCUACCGUCCUCAUGUUUUUGGAGUAUGGAUUAGCAAUUGCAUCAUCAACAUACUGUCUUACAUUUUCUUUUUCGGACCACACAAUGGCACAGAAUGUGGUUCUCUUACUCCACUUUUUCACUGGACUUGUUCUUAUGGUCAUCUCAUUCAUUAUGGGGCUCAUACAGACAACUGAAAGUACAAAUUCUGUUCUCAAGAACUUCUUCAGACUAUCACCAGGGUUUUGCUUUGCUGAUGGUCUUGCUUCACUGGCUCUUCUGCGGCAAGGGAUGAAAGGUGGAUCUAGUGAUGGUGUCCUGGACUGGAAUGUUACUGGUGCCUCUAUUUGUUAUUUGGGUGUUGAGAGCAUAGGUUUCUUUCUCUUGACGCUUGGGCUUGAAUUGCUGCCUCCUCGCAAAUUCUCUCUAUUCACAAUCUUGGAGCCUUGGAGGGCUAUUAAAAAUAGCUGGCAUGGAACUUCUAGUUAUUUAGAACCCCUUCUAGAAUCAACAUCAGAAACUGCUUCUCUUGACCUUGAUGAAGACAUAGAUGUACAAACAGAAAGAAAUAGAGUACUUUCUGGUUCUGCUGAUAAUGCAAUUAUCUACUUGCGGAAUCUUCGAAAGGUGUAUCCCGGAGGAAAGCAUCUUAGUCCAAAAAUUGCAGUUCAUUCAUUGACUUUCUCAGUUCAUGAAGGAGAGUGCUUUGGGUUUCUAGGAACAAAUGGAGCAGGGAAGACUACAACGCUGUCAAUGCUAACUGGGGAAGAAUGUCCGACUGAUGGAACUGCAUUUAUCUUUGGCAAAGAUGUAUGUUCAAAUCCCAAGGCUGCCCGUCGGCAUAUUGGGUACUGCCCACAAUUUGAUGCUCUGCUAGAAUAUCUCACCGUGCAAGAGCAUCUUGAGCUUUAUGCAAGAAUAAAAGGAGUUCCAGGUUACAGGAUGCAGGAUGUUGUUAUGGAAAAGUUAGUGGAAUUUGAUUUGCUGAGGCAUGCUAAUAAACCAUCAUUUUCCCUUAGCGGUGGAAACAAGCGCAAAUUGUCUGUUGCAAUUGCGAUGAUUGGAGACCCUCCUAUAGUCAUCCUAGAUGAGCCUUCCACAGGUAUGGAUCCUAUUGCUAAACGAUUUAUGUGGGAGGUCAUAUCACGUCUCUCAACCAGACGAGGAAAAACAGCAGUAAUUCUAACAACCCACAGCAUGGCUGAAGCUCAAGCACUAUGCACCCGCAUUGGAAUAAUGGUUGGAGGUCGGCUAAGGUGCAUUGGAAGUUCCCAACAUUUGAAAACGCGAUUUGGAAACCAUCUUGAGCUAGAGGUGAAACCUACUGAAGUUAGCUAUGUAGACUUGGAAAACCUGUGUCGAUUUAUUCAAGAAAGGCUCUUUCACAUUCCUCAUCCGAGGAGCAUACUCUCUGACCUUGAAGUUUGCAUUGGGGGUGUUGACUCCAUAACAUCAGAAAAUGCAUCAGUGGCAGAGAUCAGCUUGUCACCUGAAAUGAUAGUCAUGAUUGGACGCUGGCUAGGCAAUGAAGAAAGAAUAAGUACACUUAUAUCUUCAACGCCUGUUUCUGAUGGGGUUUUUGGUGAACAAUUAUCAGAGCAGUUGUUUAGAGAUGGUGGUAUCUCAUUGCCCAUAUUUUCCGAAUGGUGGCUAGCUAAAGAAAAAUUCUCAGCAAUUGAUUCGUUUAUCCUAUCUUCAUUUCCUGGUGCAACAUUUCAUGGGUGCAAUGGGUUGAGUGUUAAAUAUCAGUUGCCAUAUGGGUACAUCUCGCUUGCUGAUGUUUUCGGGCACCUAGAACGAAACAGAUAUCAAUUGGGUAUAGCCGAAUACAGUCUCAGCCAAUCUACACUGGAAUCCAUUUUUAAUCAUUUUGCAGCAAACUCAUGAGAUGGAGUGGGAAGAAGAAGAUGGGAGAAAAGGGAAAACUCAAACGUAGCAGACUACAGUUGAUGGGGGUUGAUGAUGACUUUGCCAAAUAUUUGAACCUUGAAGAGGGCCAAUUGCCUUCUACACACAUCCAAAAUGGAGAUUAGGGUACUUAAUUAUAAAUUACGAUUAAACAUUAAAGAUGAAAAGGAAAUUGAUUUGUAUACAUCACAAAAGGCACACAACAAUCGUCAAUGAGAAAAUAGGGCGACACUCCCACCAAAACCAAAGCGCAUGAUCGUAUCCGGUGGGUGCAGGGAACAACUUUGUUGACUUUUAUAUUUUUAUUUAUUUCCAAAUGUGUGAAUUGAUGGGUGGUUUUGAUAGCACAAAAAAGACAAAUAAUUUGUAUUCUUCUUCCUCCUUAUGUAAAGUCGAUGAUUUCUUCUACAGAUGUUGUUGAAGUUGACA